AUGCCUGCUGUGAAUGUUGCACCCAGUGUGGACUCAUCGUUUGCACAAAUCGCAAAUGCUGAUAUCAAUACACUGCUCAAACAACUCACACAGGAAGAGAAAGUCUCGCUUUUGACAGGCGAGGAUUUCUGGCACACUGUCCCCAUACCCAGAUUAGGGAUCCCUUCCAUUCGAGUCUCCGACGGUCCCAACGGAGUGCGAGGAACCCAAUUCUUCAGCAGCGUCCCCGCAGCAUGCUUACCUUGUGGGACGGCGAUUGGAGCGACUUUUGACCGAGACCUGGCGGUUGAGGUUGGACAUAUCCUAGCCGCCGAAGCAAAGGCCAAAGGGGCACAUGUCAUUCUUGGACCAACAAUCAACAUUGCACGUGGCCCUCUCGGGGGAAGAGGCUUCGAGUCAUACUCGGAAGACCCGGUUCUCUCUGGUAUCCUUGCGGGUCACUACUGCAAAGGAUUGAAGGAAAGAAACAUCAGUGCCACCCUCAAGCACUUUGUCUGCAAUGACCAAGAGCAUGAGCGCAUGGCUGUGAACUCGAUUGUCACUGAUCGGGCAAUGAGGGAGAUCUAUCUCCUCCCUUUCCAGAUCGCCAUUGCUCUCGGGAGCCCCGAUGCCAUAAUGACAGCAUACAACAAAGUGAACGGUGUACAUGCACCUGAGAACAAGACUUUGUUGCAAGAUAUUCUGCGUGGUGAAUGGGGCUGGGAUGGGCUGGUGAUGAGUGACUGGUUCGGAACUUACAGCACCUCCGAGGCUGUGCUUGCAGGGUUGGACUUGGAGAUGCCUGGUCCCCCAAGAUGGCGCGGGGCUGCAUUGACGCAUGCACUUGCUGCCAACAAGGUUCCUCUUGCAGCAUUCAACGAUCGCGUUCGUGCAGUUCUCGAACUCGUGAAAAAAGCAAGCAACUCCGGGGUCCCUGAGCGGGCUCCGGAAACUCAACUCAACCGACCCGAAGACCAAUCUCUGCUCAGAAAGAUUGCGUCAGAGGCGAUUGUGCUCUUGAAGAACGAUGAAAAUAUUCUUCCACUAGACAAGACCAAGAAGAUCGCUAUCAUCGGACCCAAUGCCAAAAUUGCUACCUACUGUGGAGGCGGAAGUGCGGCAUUGAAUCCAUACUACACCGUGACCCCCUUCGAUGGCAUCUCGGCAUCAGCACAGGGUGAAGUCAAGUUUGCACAGGGUGUUUACGGUCAUCAAAUGCUCCCACUUCUUGGCAAGAAGUUAUGCACCCAUGAUGGCCUUGCUGGGUUUGCUUUGGAUAUCUACAACGAUUCACCCAAUGUGGCGGACAGAAAGCCUAUCGAGCAGCGGCACGAAACUGAUUCUAUGAUCAUCUUCAUAGACUACAAACACCCGGAUUUGGAACCUGUAUGGUACGCAGAUGCAGAGGGGUACUUCACCCCCGAAGAAUCUGGAAUGUACGAUUUUGGCCUUACUGUCCAAGGCACAGCAAAGAUGUACGUGGAUGGGAAUCUCCUCAUCAACAAUGCCGACGUGCAAACGCCAGGGACAAGCUUUUUCGGUAGUGGAACCGUGGAAGAAACAGCAUCAUUGGAACUUCAGGCUGGCAAAAAGUAUAAAAUCCUUGUGCAAUGGGGAUGCGGCAAGACUGCCACUUUCAAGGUUCCCGGGGUAGUCGAUUUCGGACAUGGUGGAUUCCGAUUCGGGGCAUGCAAGCGCCUUUCACCGCAGGAUGGAAUUGCAGAAGCUGUCAGGGUGGCCUCUGAGGUUGACCAGGUGGUUCUCAUUGCAGGACUGAGCGCCGAAUGGGAGUCGGAAGGUGAAGAUCGCUCACAUAUGGACCUGCCGCCCCAUUCCAACGAUUUGAUCUCGAAGGUCCUGGACGCAAACCCCAACACCGCUAUUGUGGUACAGUGUGGUACACCUGUGGAGAUGCCGUGGGUUUCCAAGGCCAAGGCCAUUCUUCAUGCGUGGUACGGAGGAAACGAGACCGGAAACGCUAUUGCUGAUGUCGUGUUUGGAGACGUCAACCCGUCUGGCAAGCUUCCUCUCACGUUCCCUCGGCGUCUGAAAGACAAUCCCACAUUCUUCAACUACCGAUCCGAGGGUGGUCGGGUUUUGUAUGGAGAGGACGUCUAUGUCGGAUACCGAUAUUACGAUGGACUUGAGAUGGAAACACUAUUCCCCUUCGGUCACGGACUUUCAUAUACUACCUUCGAGGUCUCAGAUCUCGAAGUUGCAAUGAAGGGAGAAGGACAGUCACAAAUCAAGUGCCAGGUGCGGAACACAGGAUCAAAAGCAGGUGCCGAGGUGCUUCAAGUGUAUGUGGCUCCUAUCUCGCCUCCAAUCAAACGGCCUGUGAAGGAACUUAAAGAGUUCCACAAGUGUUUCAUCGAGGCAACCUCGGAAAAGACUGUCACCAUUCCCUUGGAUCUGAUUCGUGCCACAAGCUACUGGGACGAGAAGAGUGGCAGCUGGUGCAGCCACAGUGGUGUCUAUAAGAUCAUGGUCGGAACUAGCAGCCGUGGAGACUUCUUGGAACAUUCCUUUGACCUUCCGGAGACAGUGUUCUGGUCUGGGGUUUGA